AUGGUUCGAAUUGCUGCCGUCCGCGGCGCCUCACACAUCCGGAAUCUCUGCCGCCGUUUGCCUUCCUCGAGCUCUAUUCCCAUUCAUAUGACUCCUUUGACCGUCACUCCGCCAACUGCCACCUCUCCAACAUCCUGCUCCAGCCCUCGACAUCUCUCCUCCACACGUCCGCUCCGCACCGGGACACCACCGCCCCCGAGCCGCUCCAUUGCCGAGCUACCGGCGCGCACGCACCCCCGCUACCUGCAGAGCUCCAAGCCCGGCUCCUCGCUGCUCGUGCUCAACUGGCCGCGGCCGCCGCGCAACCUGCUCCUCGUCCAGAAGCUCUACGCGCCCGACGUCACCGAGUCCGUCAUCCAGUUUGCGCGCCACAUCCACAGCGAGUACCCCGACGUCCACAUCAUCGUCGAGCCGCGCGUCGCCGAGACGGUGCAGAAGCACCUGGGCUUCCCGCUGUACGUUGCCGACCACCAGUCCAACAUUGCCGACAAGGUCGACGUUAUUGCGACGUUUGGCGGCGACGGCACGGUGCUGCGCGCCGCGAGCCUGUACAAGCUGCACGGCUCCGUCCCGCCGAUUGUCUCGUUUAGCAUGGGCACGCUGGGCUUUCUGGGCGAGUGGAGCUUUGCGGAUUACAAAAAGGCGUGGCGCGAAAUGUACAUGAGCGGCAGCGACGUGCCCGAGGCGAGAGAGGCGGAUUACUUGCAGCAGGGAGAGAAUAACAACCUGACGAGGCGCACGACGCACUACGAGGGCUGGGAGCGCAUGAAGGGCAAGUGUUUGGGGCAUCAGAGAGCCUCGCGUGUGCUGCUGAGACACCGCAUCAAAGCGGACAUUUACGAUCGGGCAGGCAACAGCGUCAAUCACCAGGUAUCUGACACGUUGUCCAGUCAAGGAAAGUCGACCAUUGCAGAGUCCAAAGAGCCGUCUCCUUCACUACGAGCCAUCAAUGAGAUUUCCGUGCACCGCGGCUCGCACCCCCAGCUCGCCAUCAUCGAUAUAUACCAAAAUGGCCAUUUUCUAACCGAGACCAUCGCCGACGGCAUCCUCAUCAGCACACCGACCGGUUCCACGGCCUACAGCCUGAGCGCCGGCGGCCCCAUUGUCCAUCCGCUGGUCAAAUCCCUCCUCAUCACGCCCAUUAGCCCCUGCAGCUUGAGCUUCCGCUCGCUCGUGCUCCCGCUCGACACCAAGGUUGUGCUGCGCAUGAGCUCGCGCAACCGCGGCCGCGAGCUGGACCUGAGUAUUGACGGGAAGCGCUGCUGCGGCGUGCUUCCGGGCACCGAGAUUCGCGUCGAGGGCGAGUUUGUGGGCCGGGCCGGGCCGGGCGAGGAGUGGCACGGCGGCGUGCCGUGCGUAAUUCGCACAGAGGAAGAUGAUCCCUGGGUGGGCGGUCUUAAUGGGCUGCUCAAGUUUAAUCAUCCUUUUGGAAGAGAUCCUGCAAUGGAUGACAUGUCUGAUUAG